AUGAAGACCGGCAAGUUAGUUCAUCUGGAGUGUGGACUGACAGCAGUCCAAACAAUUUUUGGCUGGACAUUAAGUGGUCCAGUUCCAAAGGCGAGAAGCAUUGUGAGUGAAGAAAUCUCCAUGUAUCUCACCGAAGAAAAUCUCUCACAAAUGUGGAAUCUGGAAUCUUUGGGCAUUCGAGAUCCAAUAGAAGUCCAGUCCAAGCAAGAAGAAGAGUCUGCAGCAAAAUCUCAUUUUAUCAAAACUGUGACUCAAUCAAAUGAUGGACGCUACUCCGUCAAGUUGCCGUGGAUUGAAGAUUUAGGGGGAAGCCCAAUGGAACCUGAAAGUAUCCUGCGACCACUCACCAAUAAAGCGGCAGCAGAGAGCAGACUUAAGUCCACCACCCACAAAUUAAAUGAAAAAGGUUAUUUUCAAACGUAUGAUGCCAUUUUCAAAUCCUGGCUGGAUGAAGGAAUAGUGGAACAAGUAUUCGAAUACAAUAAAGAAAAUUCCGACUGCAACUACUUCCCCCAUCAUCCCGUCUUCAAGGACAGCAUCACAACUCCAGUGCGCCCAGUAUUCGACGCAUCUUGUAAAUCAAAAGGAAGUCCGUCACUCAAUGAUUGCCUCUAUAAAGGGCCCAAUCUCAUGGAACUCAUCCCGUCAAUAUUAAUCAGAUUUCGGGAGAGGAGAAUUGGAGUUAGCUCUGACGUAAGAAAAGCUUUCCAAAUGAUUGACGUACAGGAAUCUGAUCGAGACUAUUUACGAUUCCUGUGGUGGGAGGAUGCAUCAGCAAAGAAAAUUAAAAUCUUCCGUCACGGGAGAGUAGUCUUCGGUGUCAAUUGUAGUCCUUUCCUCCUGGCAGCCGUAAUUGAGCACCAUAUUAAGAAGCUGGAUGAAACCAGGAGGGAUAUUGGACAAAAGUUAUUAAAAUCACUCUACGUGGAUAAUUGUGUCACAUCAGUUGACACUCCCGAAGAGUAUGAAGAAUUCAAAACAGCAUCAAUCCAGAUUAUGCAAGAGGCCAAGAUGGAAUUGCGACAAUGGGAAUGCAGUGUUGUGGAGUCUACCGGAGCCGGCUUCAACCAGGAGUGCGGAAAUUCACACCUUUUGCGACGCCAAGAAGCCUACGCCGCAGUUGUUUUCAUAAGAAGUGUGGAUAAUGAAGACCAGGUGACCAUUCAAUUAGCUCAAGCAAAAGCAAGAGUCGCCCCGGUCAACAAACCAACCAUCCCAAGACUAGAAUUAAUGGGAUGCCUUAUUGCAACAAGACUGACUCAAGGAGCGAAAGAAGCCCUUGGUCAGCCAGAAAUUCAAACAAUAUAUUGGAGUGACUCAACUACAGCACUCGCCUGGAUAAAGAGGAAUGAAAACUGGGGAACAUUCGUCGGUAACAGAGUUCGUGAUAUUUUAAAAUUCUCCAAGCAAAGUGAAUGGAGACACGUUCCUGGAAUCCAAAAUCCGGCUGACCUUCCUUCAAGAGGGUGCAGUCCUCGUGAACUACUCACAUCAAAAUGGUGGGAGGGACCGGGGUGGUUGAAGUCAUCAAGGGAGUAG